AUGUCUUUCGAUCCUCACGCCGUCGAUUUGGAUACCGCCGAUCCUCGCGAUAUCACCUGCUACCUCAAUGCAGGUGAGAACGACUAUGAUGGCCGCCUGGGUGCGCGUGUCUCUUCCAUCUUUGUCAUCCUGAUCGUCUCUACCGCUGUUACUGUGUUCCCCGUGCUGGCCAAGCGGAUCCCUCGUCUCCAUAUCCCUCUCUACGUGUACCUGUUUGCCCGAUACUUUGGUGCUGGUGUUAUUGUCGCAACUGCCUUUAUCCAUCUGCUCGACCCUGCCUACGAUGAGAUUGGCCCUGCAAGCUGUGUUGGCAUGACUGGCCACUGGGCGGACUAUUCGUGGUGUCCUGCUAUCGUUCUGGCGGCGGUCAUGGGCAUCUUCCUUCUCGACUUUGGCGCGGAGCGAUACGUCGAGGUCAAGUACGGGGUCUGCAGAGAGGAUCCCGAACGCUUCAUGACCAGCACCGUCAAUAACGAAGAAGCCAUCGCCGCCGACGUCCGCCCCGGCAAGAAGACCAACGACGAUGUCGAAACCCAGUCCCUCGACUCCGGCUCGAUCGAGCGCUCCUUCAAGCAGCAGAUUGCCGCCUUCCUCAUCCUCGAGUUCGGAGUCAUCUUCCACUCGGUCAUCAUCGGCCUCAACCUGGGCACCACCGGAGAGGAGUUCUCGACCCUAUACCCCGUCCUCGUCUUCCACCAGUCUUUCGAAGGUCUCGGUAUUGGUGCUCGCAUGUCCGCCAUCCCCUUCCGCAAGGGAAGCUGGCUCCCCUGGAUCCUGUGCGCGCUCUAUGGACUCACAACCCCCAUCUCCAUCGCCAUCGGCCUCGGUGUCCGCACGACCUACAACGCCGGAUCCUACACGGCCAACGUGGUCUCUGGUGUGCUCGACGCCAUCUCCGCGGGGAUUCUCGUUUACACCGGUCUCGUCGAGCUGCUGGCUCGUGAUUUCCUCUUCGACCCCCACCGCACCCAGGACAACAAGCGACUCGUCUUCAUGGUUGUUUCACUCCUCUGGGGUGUUGGACUCAUGGCGCUUCUCGGCAAGUGGGCAUAGUCGCCUUAUCCAGAAAUGCUAUGUCGACUCAUUCAACUCGACACUAGACUCGUUCCCAAGGGCCUCUGUCCGUACACUUCUCCAAAACUUC